GAAUUCGAAGUACUUCAACUUCAUCACUGGCCUCAUCCCAACUCCACAUAGAGUCAAAGUUUAUCACUUAUCGCCAAUACGCUAUGGAAUCGAAAAGAAUAAUUCUUGUUACCGGAGCAAACGCGGGCAUUGGUUUUGACACCACCUACGCCCUCUCCAACGCAAGUCCUAACAACCACAUCAUCCUCGCCGCCCGUAGCGCUGAGAAAGGUAGCAAAGCCCUCGCCGAGAUUGAAGCUCGGAAACCGGCGGGGACGAUCAGCCUGAUCGAGCUCGACAUCACAAAGGACGAAUCUAUCGCGGCUGCUGUGGCAAAGAUCACCACCGAUUUCGGUGUGCUCGAUGUACUCGUCAACAACGCUGGGGUUACCCCUCAAGAUGAUAUCGAUCGCCGUGCCGCUUAUAUCACGACUCUUAACACCAAUUCUAUCAGUCCCCUUCUCUUGACUGAAGCUAUGGUACCGCUUCUUCAGAAAUCAAAGGACCCUCGGAUUAUUAACGUUAGCUCAUGUUUGGGCUCCAUUUUUGAGAGGCUAAACCCAGAUUUUCAGUAUUAUGGAGCGACGCAAGAGGUAUAUCGCAUGUCUAAGGCGGCUCUGAACAUGGCGACUGCGUGCAUGUCUGUGAAUUACAAGAGCUGGGGGGCGAAGGUUUGGGCUUUCUGUCCGGGGUAUGUUGUCACAAACUUGGCCGGCGAGAAGCAAAGACAGAACAUGAUAGACCAGGGAGCGGAAAGCUCAGAGACUAGUGCUGCUGGGAUUGUCGAAAUUGUCGAGGGCAGGAGGGACGGCCAGCCUGAUAUAUUUUUAGCAAGAUAUAACGAAACCUGGAAUUGGUAAGAAUAUCUAGUAGAUAUGCUUUAUCCUAACUUCUAUAUACCCCUUCCUUAUGCACAGAGCGCUUUACGCUGUCGGACGUUCUUUGUGUGGAAAAUAACUUUAAAACCCUGUAUGCGUUUUGCUUUCCAGUAUGAAAUAUACAAUAUGA